GAUUCGAGUUACUCCGGCGGGUCGGACAGGUCGUGUCACGUGACAACACAAAUAGGAAAACGCGGGUUGUGGGUAGGUUUCCGAACGCGAAGGUACAAAAUCUGUACCCUGGAGUAAGAUCAAAUAAAUUUUGGAACACAGCCAUUAUUCGACGCGCGUCCGGCGCGUCAUCGUCGCCGUCGUCGACGCUGCCGUCGCCGCCCGCUACACAGGCAGAGGCCCGCUGAGUGCCCGCCACUGUUGCCUCGUCCCACGAAACAUGCCUGCAAGGAUAACCAAGGCCCUGCUGGGGUUGAGGGCCGCCCAGAGAUGUUGCUCCCGCCGCUUUUCAGCCGAAGCGGCUGCCAGCGCAAAGUCCCCAGGUCCUGGUUUUUGUUUUGAACUCUCGGAUGAGCAAAGAGAGUACCAGAACCUUGCGAGGAAGUUUGCCCGGGAAGAAAUCAUUCCGAAGGCGGCUCAUCAUGACAAAACAGGAGAGUUUCCAUGGGACAUUGUAAAGAAAGCUUGGGAAGUUGGGCUCAUGAACCUCUCGAUUCCUGCAGCGUAUGGUGGUGCCAAUUUCACUCUUUUCGACCACUGCCUGAUGUCGGAGGAGGUCUCCUACGGCUGUGGGGCCUUUGGCACCAUAAUCGAGGCCACUAGUCUGGGGCAAACUCCACUCAUCCUUGCCGGAAACGAUGCCCAGAAGAAGAAGUACCUGGGUCGCUUGAUUGAGGAACCUCUUUUAGCUGCGUACUGCGUGACGGAGCCCGGCGCAGGCUCCGACGUGGCGGGCAUCAAGACCAAGGCGGAGAAGAAGGGGGACAAGUGGAUCAUCAAUGGCCAGAAAAUGUGGAUCACCAACGGAGGCGUGGCCAACUGGUACUUCGUGCUGGCCAGGUCCAAUCCGGAUCCCAAGUGCCCGGCCUCGAAAGCCUUCACGGCCUUCAUUGUGGAAAGGGACACCCCCGGCGUCACACCAGGACGGAAGGAAUGGAACAUGGGCCAGCGGGCUUCCGACACCCGAGGCAUCACCUUUGAAGACGUCGAAGUUCCUGAAGAGAAUGUACUUCUGAAGGAAGGCGACGGCUUCAAGGUGGCAAUGGGAACUUUUGACAAGACACGAGCACCGGUGGCGGCGGGAGCCACGGGAGUGGCUCAGCGAGCCCUGGACGAAGCGGUCAAGUACAGUUUGGAGCGGAAGACGUUCGGAGCACCUAUCUGCACGCACCAAGCGGUCCAGUUCAUGCUGGCCGACAUGGCCGUCGGGGUGGAGGUUUCGAGGCUAGCGUGGAUGCGGGCGGCGUGGGAGACGGACCAGGGGCGCAGGAACACCUACUAUGCGUCGGUCGCCAAGUCUCUGGCUUCUGACGUGGCUAACAAGAACGCCACCGACGCCGUCCAGAUCUUUGGAGGGAACGGAUUCAACUCAGAGUAUCCUGUGGAGAAGCUCAUGAGAGACGCCAAAAUUUAUCAGAUUUAUGAGGGCACCUCUCAAAUUCAACGACUCAUCAUUGGAAGGGAGCUGUUGGGACGCUACCAGUAAGAAGCAGCCAGGGUGGAGAAGGCGAAUUAUUCUCUGAGAAAGGAGGCUGAGAGACAACGACAAAAGCACCCAGUAUCAUGUUUACUGCAACGCUCAUUGCAAUUUAUGGGGGUGACGAGGAGUGAUAUAAAGAACCACUGUUGUUAUUGCCUUUGCAGAAUAGUGUGAACAAUAUUUUUUUUUUAUUUUAAUCUUUUUUUAUUGUUUGUCAGCUCUAUCUAGCAUUAUAUAUUUUUGUAGCGUUCACUGUACUAUGAGCACUUUGAGAUAUUUUCCAUUUGUUUAGAACCUGUUACGUGACAUGCAUACGUUUAUUUUUGCGGCUGUCUUAGAGCUGACCUUGACUUAGUUCAGUUAGUGCUGAAGUGAACUUUGUUAGGUUAUUUUUUAUGCAGCAGUCAAGUUGCUUGACAGUUUCCUUUUGAACAUUUUUGCAUCUUUCUUUUAUUGACUAUUGCAUGAAGGGUUAAGAAAUGCAUAAGGGAAUUACUUUUAAUGCUAUUGUAAUAGCUUUUAUGUUUUUAUUAACAGCAAAGUAUUUUGUGGUAUUUUUUAGAUACACAUACUUCUAUGAGGGUUAUGUCACCUCAAAUUUUGUGCAAGUAAAUUACUUUUCCAUUCAUUGGCCACUUGGGGGUCUCAUGAAAGUCCUGAUGAGCUCUUGUUAUACUUGUAGAUUAAUGAAGCUUCUGGUUUCUGUGGUCAUUUGCAGUGAGGGGUGUCAGAAGGGGACGAUCAGGAUGGGCGAUUGCCCCUUCUUAACAUUUGAGACAUUUCUAGUAAACAUUUUUGGAGAGGGGGAUGAUGUCCCCCUUUUGCUCGCCCAUCUCCCAAAGACUUCUAACUGUACCGUUUGCAGCACAUUGUUAGCAGACGUUGUGGCAUGUACAUGCAUAAGGAAAUAAAGUUGCAGUUUCAAACUUA